GCCUGUUUCGGUCCGCCAUUUUUUAUCGCGGGAAACGUGUCGGUUCGCGUCGUGUCGAAUCGCGUCGUUUUACGGAAAUACUGACUUGGUUCUAAGACGAGCUGAAAAUGCCGGGUUUUAGUAGCGUGGGCACAUUCAAGAUCUUCAUUGGCAAUUUAGCCGAUAAGACAUCAAAUGCAGACAUCAAACCGCUGUUCGAAAAGUAUGGGAAGGUGGUGGAGUGUGACGUCGUCAAAAACUAUGGUUUUGUGCACAUGGAAAACGAAGAAGCUGGACGCAGUGCUAUUCAGAAUUUGAAUGGCCACAUGGUGCACGGCCAGCCAAUCAAGUGCGAGGCUGCAAAGAGCCGCAAAGGCCCCAACACUCCGACGACCAAGAUCUUUGUUGGCAACCUGACGGACAAUACAAAGGCUCCGCAGGUGCGCGAGCUCUUCGCGAAGUACGGAACGGUCGUCGAGUGCGACAUCGUCAGGAACUACGGUUUCGUCCACCUAGAGGCAACGGGCGACGUGAACGACGCGAUCAAGGAGCUCAACGGACAGAUCGUGGACGGCCAACCAAUGAAGGUUCAGAUCUCCACGAGCAGAGUGCGACAGAGGCCGGGGAUGGGCGAUCCUGAGCAGUGCUACCGAUGCGGCCGAGGAGGCCACUGGUCGAAGGAAUGCCCCAAGGGAGGAAUGGGAGGGGGACCCGACAGGAACGGCUUCAGGGACCGAAUGUUCGGACGCGACCCGUACCCUCCGCCGCCGCCACCACCUUUCCUUCGGGACAGGCUGAUGGGUGGUGGCCGCUUCGGAGAGUACGAAAGCUACUACGACAGGAGGGGCUUCGAGGACAGCAGGGACCUCUACGAGAGGCGGUUUACGGGUAUGACAGGACCCCGUGACAUGGGCACUUCCAUGCUCGGGCGUGACUUUGCAAUGCCACCACUUCCUCCAAGCCGAGAUCCAAUGCCUCCUAUGCCUGCUCUAGGUAUGGGAUCCAUGCGAGACACCGGGUUCACACGUGGCAACGAGUACGGCAUGUUCAGUCGGCGUUCCCCACCCCCGAGCGGAAACAAUGGCCGGUUCAGUAGAGGCAUGUACGAGGACUUCAGCCGAGACUCGUUCGAAGAGCGUAGACCGGGAUUACGAGGGCCAUCGCCGUCGCGCCGGUUCGCACCAUACUAAAGCGGUCGCGUCGGGCUCGGAUCGGUCCGCCGUCGGUCUCCGUCCGUCUGUGUCGGUCUCUGUCGCUAGCAGGAAGCCCGUCGGGACCGAGAAAGAGAGAACUCUUGGCCGUCCGUCGAUCUGCACGCGCGAAGAAACGAGAUCUGCCGCUCGCCGCCCUACCGGUCUCUCGAUGAGAAUAUCGCCGUCGGAACGAGUCCUCCUAGCCGGCAGUUUACGCUCAAUCUAUAUAUAUAUACACACACACAAAAACACAUACACGUAUACAUGCACGCGGACAAUCGCGGAAACACGGUUCACCACCCCCAAGGAUUCCACGAAAUUAACCCUUUAGAUUACCGGACGACUGUAUUACCACGGAAGGAACGAGACAUUCACAGGACUACCCUCUAUGUAUAUGUGUAUAUAUAUAGGGAGAGAGAGACAGCGAGUGAUAGCUCUACGCGCGCGUCUUCUCGGUCAAACGUCAGUUUGACGUUUCGACCACGUGGCUCGGCCGGCGGCCGCGCCGAAAGCAUGGAACUUGUAGAAAUGGAGGAUGCUUUUAAAAGCGGUGGGCAAGGGUGGCGGUGUUCGGGGGAGAUCGGACAGAAAGGUCUCUUCUCACUCUAAACGCUGACGGACGUUCUUACCGAGGAAAUCUUCCAUUGGAAAUAGAAAUUCUUUGCACGUUUUUUUUUUUUUUUUUUCCACCGCGCAUCAUGUUGCUUAAGUCUCCUGCCUCAAGGCUUCUUUGAGCGCAAGAUACUUCCGGCGAUGUUUAGAGAGAAGGUCUCCCACUCUGUCUAAUCUCCUUCGGACAUUUGAACGUAUACACGUGUAGUAACGUCUUCUCCAUUUCUAUAUACUCUAUGGCCGAAAACCUUUUAGACGCCUCGACCACGUGGCCGAGCCGGGACGCGUGGAAGAAUCCGCGCCCCGCGGUUUCUCGGCUUCCCUUUUUAUUUUUGUAUUCUUUAUUUUUGUUUUUACCUUCCUUCUUUGGACAAAGAUCCCUUCGGCCGGUGUUUUUUUUUUCUUUCUUCGAAGAAACUCGACCGUGGGAUCCUCGCGUACAAUGAUUCUCCUCGAGUUCUCUAAGACAGCGGACUUCUUUCCGCGCCCCUCGUCUCGGUUCUUGAUUCUCUCUCUUGUUUUGCCAUUUUUCGUUUUCUUCUUUCUUUCUUUUUCUUUUUUUAAUACCUUUAUUAUAUACGUAUACAUACACACACGGACACACGAACUUUCGAUUCCCCUCGUACAUGCGAAUCUAAAUUUACGGACUUGAACGUCAGGUCGUUAAGGUACGCAUCGGUCGAGCGCGAUCCCCAAUGGCUCGCGAUCGAGAAUUAUUAAUGAUAUAUCGUAGCGUUAGUUGGCACACGUGUCUCUCGUAAUAAACCGUCGUUUUACUAAGUGUAGAGAGCCGGCCUUUUAAGGGCCCGGGCCGCGAGAGAAGUUGAAGGCCGAGCUGUAAAGGAGUAAUAAUCCACUUGAUAAUCGAGCAAUUAAUUAGCUGGUAACUGACGAUAAAGAACGCGGCCUUUACCGUACGCGUGCGUGCGCGCGCGCGCGUUGUAACCUCCCUCCCCCCUUUGGUGUGUAAGUCCCACCCUUUAGCUGUUCGAUUCCCUCCUGAUCCUCGUCUUUCGAAUUUUUCUUCUUUUUCAUUUUUUGUUGGUUAUCGUUUCCGUUUUUAUUCCUCUUCUUCCUACUUUCGUUGUUCCUCCAUCCCCUUGCCGUGUCCGUUUUUCAUUUCUACAUCCGCUAAGGACCCGUCGCGUUUGCAACUACGUUUAUCGAUAGUAGCGAUCCUAUGAGACCACGUGAGGUACCGCCUGGAUUAAAGAACCACGAAUAUGUAAUAAGAAUAUAUACUUGUGAGAUUGACAAGAGAAUUACGCAGCGUGUUGGUUUCUCUUCCUUUGACACUCGAGGACGUUUGCGAAGGGAAGGUCCGCGAGGCGGAAUUCGUCGAGUACCCCUCGCGAUCAGGGUGGAGCGCGAUAACAGGGACGUUUUUUAUCAUGGCCGAAAUCGGAUCGCCAGGGGCGGCAAUUCCCGGCCCCUUAUCGUCUUCCAUGUUCCCUUUUACCGUCCGACCGCGAGAACUUAACCGUAAUUGUGCUUUAGGGUGGUGCAAAGAUUAUUUCGGUAAAUUCGUAACCUUUUAACAGAGAUUUUUCCAUUACCGAAAAUAUAUCCUGCACGCGUCAUAUGUGCAGUCAUCAGUUUCGCGACGACUUAAAUCGCCAUCUAUCAACCUUCCGCAACGCCAUGUGACUUUGAUAUUACAUGUCUGUCUAUCGAUAUUUUUUAAAGUUUUUUUUUCUUUUUUUUUCCCCCCCGCUGAAACCUAACGUAGCCCCUUAUCAGUGUAUCGUUCCUUUGCAACGAAGAAAUUUGCCUAAAAAUUAUAUAUUUGAUUACGUUUACAUGUAUUAUACCAAUUUUGCAGGGAAAUAGUAAAAAUUGGAGAGUAAUGAUUUGCUCAUUUUACGAUGUAUCGUACAAAGGGUUAAAGGGUUAAAAACCGCGAUUACUUUUGCACCAACCUCUAAUAGCUUGACCGUGCGCGUGCGUCCGACAUGGAGAAUGAAGACGCGAAAUCUCGCCGUGUAAGGAAAGCCGAACUCGGUCGCGUGCCGUGGAGGAGUCCCCUCGACCUCCUGGGGCUCCUGGGGUUUCGACUCCCUCGGAAAUCGAGAAUCUUCGCCUGGGAGAACCCGAUUCGGUCGGGGCGUCCCGAAUAACGCGCAUGGGCGUGGAAUACAUGGAGCCCGUAAACUCGACUAUUCCCUUGGUAUUCCUGUGAAGGCAGCGAAAAGGGAAGAGAGAACAGAUGGGCUAUCCUUUCUCUCACUUUCUCUCUCUCGGUUUGGCUGCUUUUGUGGUUAGAUUGGCCUGAGGGGUCUCCAUAUAUCCUACAUCCAUAACACCCGCCGCGUUCUCGUCGCUAUGGCUUCCUGCGAGUCGUCGCUCGCGCGCGGAAACGGGACGAGGUACGGAACACCACGAAGGUCGUAUAAGGAGAUCCAACACCAUGUAUUGAAAUUGUCCCCACUUUAGGGAUCCAAGAUGUUCAGAUUUUUUCUGAUCUAUUGCCGAGAGCGCCUCAAUGAAUCUCUUGCAAUUAAAAAUUAUCGUCCGCCAGUGGGUAUUUAGAAUAUCGUCAGCUAAUCUUUAUCACGUUAAAACAUCACAUUCCGUAUAUCACCCGUGGAUUAUCGUUUCACUUUGCGUAACUUAAUUGCAAAAUUAAAAGCAUUUUAGGUCAUUUACGUCGAUGGGAGAGGUUUUGGUCGGGUAGGGUUGGAGUUCCUUCACUUUCCGCAAGUGGCGCUCGCAUCGUUAGAUCAGCGAAAAUCUGAGAUCCUGGCUCCCGAUUCUGGGGCCACUUUAUGUGGAUCCGACUAUUGGGGUUACGUCUCCUUGUACUACUUAAUGUACGGAGGAAGUUUUCUAGACAAUGGAAAAAUAUGUGCGUCGAAGCGUCGCUUUUUUUACCUUCGAGAUUGAGUCCCGCCGCGCGUCACGUGGGAGGACAGGGUUUGGAUGACGAUUUCUUUCUCUUUCUUUUGCCGAUCUGGAGAGUGGAUGCGGUUUUGCUUUAUCGUGUCGAGUUGCAGUCGGGGUGAGAUAAAGAGCAGGCCAGUGUUUCGAGAUUUUGGGCGUUUUUCUGUCGUGGGUGGGCUAAGAGGAAGGGAAGUCGUCGAGCUAGCAAAAGGCUCCGGGGAGGCGCGUGUAUCUCAAAGACGCGAUUUUCGAAAUUCCCGCGGAUGAUGAAAAUAUCGUUCACGAGUGACUCGAUAUCGUUUUAAGCUGGUUACCCUGAGCACCAUUAGUGUAGAGUAUCGCCACUAAUUAUGUUCGAUUAGUCAGUGCCGGUUUGAUGGGGUAUUAAUUAGUAGUCUGCAUUCGAUUCGCUAUUGUUUUACGACCGUUGUAGUGAUCUUGGAUUAAAAAAAAAAAAAACCUAAGUGAAAACGGCGACGCCAACAUUUUUAUGAUUAGAAAUGCUUGCGAUAAUUCACGAGAACGGUCUCGUCACUCAGGCGAAGAUUCAAACAUUUUCUCAUUUUUGAAAAAUACCUUUAAUGGUUGCAAGUUCACAUAGGGGGAAACAAUACUUGAAAAGUGUGUACAAUAUUCAAUGCCGUGUCGCUAUGCAUUUGUACUAUAUCUGUGCAACAUUAGUGUAAGGUGUAACCAAGUUGAAAACAAUAUUAGUGUGGGGGUAGUGCAAAAAUGAGCGGUAGCGGGGAACGGGAAAAGUUUGCAAUGCUCAAACUUUCUUGUCCGUCUUUUCGAGCGAAUGCAACUACUCGUUAGAAUUCAUCUUUAGUCUGUCCUGAGCCAUCGACUCGUGAAGGGCGCUCUAUGUUACACUACCUACACCCUCUAUGUUAAACGCUAGUUCUACGCUAAACCCAUACCAAGUCGAACGUGAACGAUACUUAAAUCGGAUUUGGUACCGCGUAACGCCACCGGAUGGCGCGCCUGCGCGUCGAAUCCCUGCACCCGUGAAGCUAGCUAAAGAUAUUAAUUUUUCACUUGGUUUUUUUCUCGGAGGGUUUUCGCCCCUUAUUAGAGGCACUAAUAAAAUAUUACGACGCGACGUAAACGCCAGGUUACGUGAAAUAACGGGAAAUAAAAUAAUUCGACGACGCGAUAGCGGAACCGGAAGGUCGAUCUCUUUAUUUCGCUCCACGAACGCUAACGACGUUUCUUUCGCUCCUUUUAUCCGCCGCGUUUGUCCCGCGCUUUCGUCGGUGGCUUAACUUGCGGAAUGAAUUAACGGAACGAGAGUUACAGCGAGGUGUGUCUCAGUCGGGGUGUUCCCACUGGCACUUAACAUGUCUCUCUUAGGUUCGGCGAUAAAUGAACGAAUAAUAAAGGAGCUUUCAAACUCACGAAGAAAACGUUUUUUCCUUCGGAAACCUUUUCACUCUGUCACUUUUUUUCUCACUCUGUGCGCAUUUCUCUUUCUCUCUUAUGUUCGUUUGUUUCGCUCGCUCUCUGUGUCGCGCGUUUCCCCUCCACCCUUCGGCGAGUCGCGUAAAGGAGAAACGACUCGUCGGGUCGUCGAUCAAGCCGAGAAUAGUAAUUCGUGGAUGGGUCGGAGGACGAUUCCCUCGUAAGAAAAGUCGAGUCGCUUGAGAUACGGAAAAAAAAAAA